CGCACAGCUUGUGCGUCUCAGUACACGGUACAUGUCGUGCCAGCGAUUGAAGUUCCCGCUCGAUUUUGCCACCUACAGAUGCUAAUCUAGUUCCAAAAGCAAUCAAUCCUCCCAUUUCAAGCUGCACAGCUUGAUCCAUCUCCCCAAAGCCCAACAUUACGAGUUGAAGAGAAGAUGGCAUCUAUUGUGGAUGAACGACGGUACGUACAUCCUGGUAGACAUCAUGAAAAGGGUUUAGUGCCAUCUCCCAAAAUGGUACAUUGCUCAGUGGACCCUCUUUGACGGUUGGGACCGCACAUCGCAUGUUUCUUCCAAACACCCAAAUCUUCAACGUAUCCCCUCCCCAUGGAGGCCGAGAAGCGUGCCUAUCCAGGCUUGCUUCAUCGUCUUUCACAGCUUUCGAUCCAAUCGGCGGUUUGCUCAACCUUGUUCACGUCGCAUGCACGGCCUGUCUUCGCGUUUUGGGUAGUGGCUGGAGGCUUGAGAGUUGCAUAUCGGGACCCGAAGGUCAUCUCCGAUGGCAUCCUCUUUGGAAUCGUUUGUGCCUUGAAUAGAAAGGAUAAUGUGUUGAGCAUACUCGGUCAAGUCUUGGAUGCCUUUCACUCAUCUACCACAGCCAAGUCGUUGAUGAGCUUGCUAGCAGCAGGUGGAAUACUCGUCUUCUUACGUCGGCAAACAAGCAAAACCCCAACAUUCCAGCUUACCAAUGAUGCAAAUGAAGAAACUUUGGAUUGGACUCUGGCGCAUCCAAAACCUCUAAUCUUUCCUUGUCGGACUACUCAUGCGCGAAUUUUCCCGAAAAAACAUUCUUUUGGCUACGACUACCUGCUAUGCGGAUAUCCGAUUAUCCCAACAGGGACAACUCAAGACGGCAAGGAUAUCAAUGACGGCAGAGAUCAAAGGCUUGGCUUCUGGUGGCUCCACAUCAGAGCCGAAGACUAUCUGAAGCGCGGCCAAGGUUCGCUAGGCUUCUACAACAAACUUCAAUCAUACUUGAGGCAAGAAGGCGUGCAAGACGCAGAAUGGUCGUAUGCGUACUUGGUAACGGCUCCACGAUUUUUUGGAUACUCUUUCAACCCUGUCUCAUUCUGGUACAUUUACAACUCGCAACAUGACCUUACGAAAAUGAUUCUCGAGGUAAACAAUACUUUUGAUGAGCGUCGCCUCUACCUACUAGACGGGUCCAGCCCUCCCAGCCCGCCGCAAACAUCGGUUCCUGGGAACUCGGCGCCAGUUGCGGACAGGAUGAGGUUCACAGACGUAUGGAUGAAGGAUUUCCAUGUUUCUCCAUUCAAUUCGCGUAAAGGCUCAUAUGCGCUGAAAGCAUUGAAUCCUUUCCCUUCUCCGAGCUACGGGGAUCCUAAAAUUGAUAACAAUAUCACACUACAGUCAUCCAAAGACCACUCGAAACUAGUAGCACGAGUGUACAGCACUGGAAGCUCUAUAAGUCCAGACUGUAUGCGCAUGACAGACUUCGUCCGUUUCCUCGCGGGCUGGUGUUGGGUUGGCUUUCUUACCUCCCCGCGCAUAAUUAGAGAAGCGUCCAGGCUGUACUUUCAAAGAAGUCUCCAUGUGUGGUUUCGUCCAGAGGUCGUAGAAACAAGCAUUGGACGCAAGCCAACUAGUACAGAGAGCCACAUCGAGGAGGUCUUUCGAGAUUAUCUAGACCAUCUUGUGCAAAAUUCGAGCAAGCCAAUUGAGCUUCAUUACGAAUCUGCCAUUCCAAAUGAACCCAAAACAUGGAUUAUUAGAUCUACUGCGGAUCCUCAUGUGGAACGUAGAAGGCUCGACAUACGGGUCACCACUCCUGCAUUUUAUUCACGAUUAGUACAUUAUGCGCAUAUUUCAGAAGCAUUUGAUCGCGAGCAUACUUUUACUGAUGAAAGGAACCGGACUCUCUGGAUUUCGCGACCAGAGAUUCUGUUUGAACUAUGUACUGGGAAGCCAAAUGACAAUAAAGAUCAGUCUCGAGGAAGGAGUUUUAUCGACGAGUUGCAAUGGUCGUUGCUCAGAAGGCUGAGAUGUCCACCUGCGGAUGCCGCAUAUCCUGUCACACCGAAGAGAGCCGAUAUGGAUAUAGACGACAUUCGGACGCUGCCGUUCUCUGAUAUCGAUCGAUUUGUGAGAGAUGGCAAGGGGUAUGCGGGACUCUACAGGAGGAUGGUUACGAAGAUAUUCAUCGCCCAGAGAUUUGCGCUGGGUUUCACGGAGGCGGUGGAUGUCGUGGAUUUUGCUAUUCGAGUUUUACUCUGCUGGGUAAGCUAUCGCAGUUUUGUUGCAUGGGAAGCAGAUUGCGAGAAGCAAAUCACGUCCAAUGCUGCAUGUAUAUGGCGAUUCAGCGCCGUGGGUACGGAAUGGAUCCGCGUUUCAGGCCGAGUCGUCGCAGUAUGCGCAUGGCACAUGUACGGGCUGCUCAAAGGGUAUAGAUAG